CUCUUUCCUGUUCCACUUCAAACGAAUUGGCUGUGAAAUUUCAAAGGCUAGUUUUUCAUGAAGAGUUGUAUAAAGGACAGGAAUGGGUUACAGGAACGAGUUGCUUUGGGUUGAAGUGUAGUCUAUGAUUGCGGAAAGAUAGUCAGAAUGGAAGAAAAGGGGAAGCUCGAAAGCGGCUGCGGCGCUUCCCCGAUUCCCCUUAUCGCUUCGCAGUGAAGAAGAGAGACUGCACUGCACUCGCCGCUUUGUUGUUUGUCCCUGCAGGGCUGAUUGAGCAGCGCGUGACUGACAGCCCGCGGGGGUGUUGUCCAAUCAGCGGUCUACCCGCGCCCAAUGGGUGAGUCCGCGCGCCCAUUGGCUGAGGCGAGUGUGGGAAAGAAUGCAGAGAGGGUUUCACACGAACCGGGAGCACGCGAGCUGUCUAUAAAUACCGCCGGCGUGUGGCAGACGGAGACUCGACUCGCCUCGCGUGCACUCAUAUGACAGCUCGACUUUUAAGUCAUAGCAGCUGGGAUUUGUGCUCGCGCGCUCUGUCUGUCUGUCUCUCUCGUGACCAUCCUGAUUCUGCUCGGGUUGUUUUUUUUCCCCCCAACGGAAUAUACCAACUUUUCCUUUCUUUCUUUCUUUCUUUCUUUUUUUUUCUUCAAAGGACAAAACUUUAAAUAAUGCCAGCUGACACUAUGGAGAAACAGACAGCGUCUCCGAUUGCUGGUGCUCCUGCAAGCGGAACACACACUCCAGACAAACCAAAGAAUGCUAGUGAGCACAGAAAGUCUUCAAAGCCAAUCAUGGAGAAACGCCGCAGAGCAAGAAUCAACGAAAGUCUAGGCCAACUCAAGACGCUCAUUCUUGAUGCCCUUAAAAAGGAUAGCUCAAGACAUUCUAAAUUAGAGAAAGCUGAUAUUCUCGAGAUGACAGUGAAGCACUUGAGGAACUUGCAGCGUGUUCAGAUGACUGCCAUGUCAACUGACACAGCGAUCCUGAGCAAAUACCGUGCAGGAUUCAGUGAGUGCAUGAACGAGGUGACGCGCUUUCUGUCCACGUGCGAAGGUGUAAACACGGAGGUGCGCUCGAGGCUCCUGAACCACCUGUCCGGCUGUUUGGGGCAGAUGAUGGCUUUGAAUUACCCUCCGGCUGCACCAGCUCAGCAUCCUCACCUGGCGCAGUCUCUGAACGUGCAGCUUCCGUCAUCAGCAGUGAGCUCCAAGCUGAGUCCGUCGGAAGCGGUUCCAUCCAAAGUGUUCGGGGGAUUCCAGCUGGUCCCUGCCACUGACGGACAGUUCGCCUUUCUCAUCCCUAACCCAGCGUUUGCCUCUGCUACGACCCCGGUCAUCCCUCUCUACGCUAAUGCAGGAGUUCCGGUGGCUGUCAGUGCGAGCCCUGUGCACGCGAGUUCGGCCCCGCCGGCGGUCUCCCCGGUGCAGGGCAUGACCUCGUUCGCAGGCGUGUCACAAGCAGCGAGUCCGGUUGGUGUGAGUGCGGGGCCAGAGAGCAGCGAGCCGGUGUGGCGGCCCUGGUAGAGCCUCCGCGCCUCAUCCAUACAUGUCAACCUUUAGUUACCCAUGACCUUACAAAAUCUGUACUUUUCCAUUACAUACACCCAUGAGCCCUUAUACAUGAGAAAUUCCAAUAUUGAGCCGAUGUACUUAAAUGACAGAGAAAACUACAUGCAACUAUAAAACCACAUAAAUUGAAAAUAGUUCCGUUUCAUUGGGCAUGCAUCUUUGAAGAAAAAAUAAAUGGUGGAUGCUAAGAAUUUUCUCGGAGUAACGGAAAAAAUCUCUGAUUCAAAACGUAAUUUUCCCGUAUGAAAAUCAGUGUACGCCGUAUUAACCAAAAAAUUGCAUUUUCCCGUACAAAAUACGGGGAAACCGUAUAACUUGACAUGUAUGCUCAUCAAGAAUAAAAAAAAAAAGUUGUUCCGUUUUAUGGGACUGUUCUACCCAUUUGUUGAACAUGUUGUUCAUGUUGAAAUGUUCCCAGUUUCCAAUAUUUGGAUUUGUUUCAUACAUAUGCUGUUAAAUUCCAUAGAAAAACACUCAGAAGUACUUUGUAUUAAAUAAUUUAGUUUUGUACAAAGUUUGUAAAAGAUGCCAAAGUGUUAAUGUCAUGUUUUCAUUUGAAUGUUUGACGCUGAAUAAACCUUAAUGACAAAA